AUGGGAGCUGUGGACAGUUCCGUUGACAGCUCUGUGGAGAGCUCCGUGGACAGUUCCGUGGACACCACCGUGGCUGCAGCUCUGUCCAGGAAGGUCCGGCUGGCCUGUUUCAUCACCACCAGGGAGGUCCACUCGGGGACGAAACCGAAGGCCGUCAAUGAGACGUGGGGCAAGAGAUGUGACAAGUUUUUGUAUGUGAUGACAACCAACAAAACACGGCCGGACAUAUUAGGAGUGACAAUCUCUGAUUAUCGUGCUGCUUUAACCGAGAAGGUUGUCCAUGCUUUCACACCCAUGUACACCACAUCACUAGACAAGUACGACUGGUUUAUCAAGGCUGAUGAUGACACAUUGACCUUGACGGAAGCACCCGUUCCUGAUCCUCAAUUGACCAUGUUCCACUUGAGUCGUGAUCUGCGACGGGAGCCGACAACUGAUGCUCAUCACCUUCCAGAGUACUAG